AUGGAAAGUUUUGGUGUCAUCACACGCGAUGACUACGCGGGCUUUUUAGCCUUCUACUCGUGCACCUGGACAAUCUUAACCUUGUUUGGUGCGGCGGGGAACGCCGUCAACGUCCGAACGUUCGUCUGCAUGGGCAUCAAUGACGGCUUUGCAAUCUCGUUCCUAGCUCUGUCCGUUUUGGAUUUGAGUUACCUCGUCGUCGCCCUGGCCAUGGCCGUGUCCACGGCGUUUUUCACAGUCGAGCUCAAACAGCCUCAUAUCUUUUUCAGCGUCCAGCCCUACGCCCUGGCCAUUUACUUUGGUAACUUUGGCGUCAUGCUGUACCUGACCAUUCAGCUGACCACGACGUUCAUCGCGGUGGCCCGCUGCAUGUGCGUGGCGAAACCGCUCCAUUUCAAGAACGCGUUCACCAGACGGCGAUGCGCGGCCGUGCUCUCGUGCUUAGUGUCGAUUCCCGUUGUCAGCUACGUCCCGAUAUGGAUCAACAUGGCGAUCGUCACCCAGUUCGACCCCAGCACAAACACGACGCGCCCUUCGCUCUGGGUCUCGCCGAGCAGAGAAUUCAUCAAAGACAUCAUCUGGACCAUCGAGGACAUGCUGAUACCGUUCUCUACGGAGAUUAUUGUCCUCGUCUGCCUGAUCGUCAUGGCCGACGGUCUGAGAAAAUCCUCAAAAUUCAGGAUGUCUUCGUUGUCGGGAUGCAGCCUGAGCGAGUAUGGGGCUUCCGGUGGUCCCCACAAGUUGAGCGGGAAGGAGCUGGUGAUCGUCCAGCAGACCGCCGUGAUAUCCUUCUUGUACAUCCUGACCAACACGCCGAAAGUGGCGUCUAACAUCGUCAGCGUCUUGGUCCCCGAGUUUAACCUCGGCAAGAAGUACGGGAACCUGUAUCUGGUGGUCAUCAGUUUCAGAAAGCUCCUGGAGAUGUGCAACUCCGCGUCCAAUCUGCCAAUUUAUUACAAGUGCAAUCCAAAAUUUAGAUCG